AUAAUAACUUUUAUAUUAAUUUUUCACAUGAGAAGAAACGUGAGACUCGCUCGCCCUGUCGUCUAGAAGUUGAUCCUGAAAACGACGCGAAAAUGUACAUCCAUUCGGAACGAGAUUCCGACAGCGCAGUUAUUGACAACUGAUCCGCGCGGUAAUUGAAUUAUGGGGACACGUCACGACACACAAGCGGGCGAGCUCAUUCGUGUGUGCACACGAUCUGCCAUUAUCACGCGCAUUAACAUUAACCGAUUGCGAGCGUCGUUAGCUCGCCGCGCUCCGGGCGAACUUUGCCGGUGCGACUCGACGAGGCCGAGCCUCUCAGUCGAGCUUAAUUCCUCGUCUGAUACGCCCCGUGGGACCGUUUCUCGACGCGCUUGUUCCUCCUGAUGUUAACGUUUAUCCGUAACAAAUGAUCUCGAGCGCUCUUCGUCUCAUCUGGCUCUUCGAGGUAGCCGUCACCUUCCGGAUAGGAGCCCCGGGCAACCGAGUCGUGGAUCGUUUCACGUACGCCCCUCGGAGCGGUAAUGAAACGGAAAAUGGAAACGAAGACGUUCAAUGGGAGUUCCUCGUGAUCGGCAAACGAGUGUCCUGGAACGAGGCGCAGGCAAUCUGUCCCAUUUACGGCCACCUAAAUCCUCUCAGGGCUUCCGACGAGGAAAUGGGACACGACGCCCCGCCGGAUCCUCUAACGCGCGAACCGGAAACGGAUAGCGGAAGUACGUUGGCCGUGCUCGACGGCGACACGAAGGAUUGGUUCGCGCGGAUGGUGGCUGAGUCGAAUUACCGAUACGACGGCCUGUGGAUAGGAGGGCAGAGGAAGGACUUCGCCAGCGACUGGGGCUGGAUCGAUACACGAAGGAAAGAGGAGCUGUUGAGGCUGAACUCGCUGAUGGUCACGGACCAUACCGCAUGGUACGUCGCGGACGAGCGCAGGAGUGGCGAGAAGAAUUGUCUCAUGUUCGACAGGUUGGGCCACGACUCGCCGCUUCUCGUCCCGGAGGACUGCCGGCAGCGGAAGCCCUUCGUCUGCAUGCGAGCCGGAAAAAAGAAGGCGAGAAAGAAGAUCAUCGAAGGCAGCAACGUCUUCGUGGACGGUCAGCGGUACACGCUGUACCAGAUCUUCGAUGAGGAUGAGGAUGAGGAGGACCUCCGGGCCGAGGGAGUGCGGAGAGUCGACGGGGGUGGCAUCGCCUGGAGGGACGCGAGACUGGAGUGUAAGAAGAGGCGGAAGCAACUCGCUAUGAUCUUCACGAAUGAGGCGGCCACCGUCGUGGCGAACGCGAUGCUGAAGAGCAGACCGUCAAUAGAGAGUGCGUGGCUGGACGGCCGCAGCGUGGAUGGUACCGAUUGGACGUGGACCUCUUCGGGAUUUACGCUGCCGUCGAAAAAGUCGAACAUCACCUCAUAUCCGCCUUGGUCGGACGGUCAUCCUACGUCACCGUCGGAGAGCGACGACUCUUAUCGGACGGGAAGAUGCCUGAUCCUCGACAGGCAUCUUUGCGCGAAGCAUACGACUCCGGCCUUCCUCGACUUGGAUUGCGAGAAGAAGCGGCCUUUCGUUUGCCAAGACGCGAUACCGGAACGCAGGAUAAUGGAGAGUGCGGGAAGAAGCGUAUUGUUGGAUGAUAAGAGAUUAAUAUUCUCCUUCGCCAGAAUGACGUGGAAGCAAGGGGAAGCUUAUUGCCGGAAAAGAUCCGGUCGUGUAGCCAGUAUCUUGGACGCGAGGAUUUUAUCCGCCGUAUUGGAGAAGAUGACGGAAUUGGCGUUAGAUCACACCUGGGUGGGCGGUCACACCGUCAUGUCCCAGGACGGUUGGAAGUGGGUGGACGAAAACGACGAAGUCUUGUCGAAGAGCACCAUCGGCACAGGCACUUCCUGGUGCUUCGACGAGGACGACGGUUCCUGGCCUUACGCCGACCGCGAGAUUUGUCUGAAUUUGGAUCGUGAGGGUCACGACAUGGCUUUGUUCUACGGUCUGCCCUGCAACACAACCAGUCAAUAUGUCCUCUGCAAUUUACCCGCGCACAGGACCACGCAAUCAACAUUCGCGACGAUAAACGAGACAAUGACGACGACUGCGACGACAAACGAGACCGAGAUCGAGGAAAACAUCGUUGUAGAUGUUCAAGAGCAAGCCACCGAUCUAGCGGGGAGAAUACGUAAACUAGCGAAAGACGAGCGAUCCGGUCUACUCUUCGUGAUGGACGAUAGUCUGAGCGUCCUGAACGCGUGGUUCGCCGAGGAAAUGAAGCUGGCAGCCACCGUUAUUCGUCGAUACUUUCCGCUGUCACACGACCAUCCGAUGGGCUUGAUCACUUUCUCGGAGAACACAAUGGUAGCCCUCAGCUUGAAUCAGACGGACACCUGCAAUGUUCUUUCGACGUUAUCCAAGGAGAUGCUUGCGAAUCGCGCGACUCGUAUCAGCGAGGAUCUCGACGGCGUCGCUGGGAAAACUACAGACUUGAUCAACGCGGCCCUCAUGUCGGCGGAUGUCGUUCGCAAUUCAGGUGUGCAACGAGUCAUUACAGUUUUCGUGACAGAUGGAGAACACAUCGCCGAGGAGAAGGACAGGGAGAAUCUGCGAGCCGCCGUGGACAACUUGCAAAAUUUGAGAAACGACGGCCACGAAGCGUUUGCGAUUGUCAUUAGUCAAGGACAGAAACACGCGGCGGACUAUGACGUCAUCGAGCAUCUAUUUGCCACUUCCCUGAAGGGAGAACGGAAUCUUUAUUUCGUUGAAGAUUACAAUGGUUUGCGAGAAAUGAAUUCCGUGCUGAAUUUAACUGGCAAAGAGGAUUAUGCCGUUGAAUGCGAAGAGAUACAGUGGACCGUCCCGAAGGAUAACGAACUAUUAGCUCAUCUACUACUGUCGAAAAAAUAGUCGCGUUGCACGUAGUUGUAAAUAUUUGGACUUUAAAAUAAGAACAAAAUAACUAUUGCGUUAUUAAUGUAAAAAAACAUGGCUUCUUAAAUGUGCUACGGAAUCUUGUAAAAUAUUGUAUUCGAAAAAAGGAAUAUAAACGGAAACGUUCUA